CGUAGAACUGUAAAGAAGAAGAAGAAGAACUGCCCAGUGUCCAUCACCUGACGAAGGCACGUCUCGAGCUUGUCCACCUUUUUUUUCAAUUUUUAACAACAACGACGACGACGACAACUUCCACAGAGUGAUCGAAGCGGCUUAAACAACUAAACAUCCGUCCUUUGCGGAAUUUGCAUCAUUUGAAAUUUGGAAACCAUGGAGCCAUCUGCCCCGAAAAGCAAGCUGAAAAAGCUGAGUGAAGACAGUUUGACCAAACAACCUGAAGAAGUGUUUGAUGUUCUGGAAAAGCUGGGCGAAGGCUCUUAUGGAAGCGUGUUUAAAGCCAUCCACAAGGAGUCUGGUCAAGUUGUGGCCAUCAAGCAGGUCCCCGUGGAGUCAGAUCUACAAGAGAUCAUCAAGGAAAUUUCCAUCAUGCAGCAGUGUGACAGCCCUUAUGUAGUGAAGUACUAUGGCAGUUACUUCAAGAACACAGACCUGUGGAUUGUCAUGGAGUACUGCGGGGCGGGCUCUGUCUCGGAUAUCAUCAGGCUGCGUAACAAAACACUGACAGAGGACGAGAUCGCCACCAUCCUAAAGUCAACCCUCAAGGGUCUGGAAUACCUACACUUCAUGAGGAAGAUCCACCGAGACAUCAAGGCUGGAAACAUUCUACUCAACACGGAGGGACACGCCAAACUCGCCGACUUUGGGGUUGCCGGGCAGCUAACGGACACCAUGGCCAAGAGGAACACUGUGAUCGGAACCCCAUUCUGGAUGGCUCCGGAGGUGAUCCAGGAGAUUGGUUACAACUGUGUGGCUGACAUCUGGUCUCUUGGCAUCACGUCCAUCGAAAUGGCGGAGGGCAAGCCUCCUUACGCAGACAUUCAUCCCAUGAGAGCCAUCUUCAUGAUCCCCACCAACCCUCCGCCGACAUUCCGAAAGCCAGAGCUGUGGUCGGACGAGUUCACGGACUUUGUCAAGAAGUGUUUGGUGAAGAAUCCUGAACAAAGAGUCACCGCCACACAACUCUUACAGCAUCCAUUUAUCAGCCAGGCCAAACCAGUCACCAUCUUGAGGGACCUGAUCACAGAAGCCAUGGAGAUGAAGGCCAAGAGGCAGCAGGAGCAGCAGCGAGAGCUGGAAGAAGAAGAAGACAAUUCUGAGGAGGAAACUGAGGUGGACUCUCACACGAUGGUGAAGUCCGGCUCAGAGGGUGCGGGCACCAUGCGAGCCACCAGCACCAUGAGCGACGGGGCGCAGACCAUGAUCGAACACGGUAACACCAUGCUGGAGUCGGAUCUUGGCACCAUGGUCAUCAACAGCGAUGACGAGGAAGAAGAGGAGGACCAGAGGUCCAUGAGGAGGCACGCCACCCCACAGCAGCCCUUGCGUCCGUCCUUCAUGGACUACUUUGACAAGCAGGACUCCAACAAGGCGGCCCUGCAGCAGCAUCAGAACCAGCACCAGCAGGAGAACUACAACCACAACCAGCCUCAGGAGCAGCCCGGCUACCACAUCCAGUCCAAGAAUAUAUUUCCCGACAACUGGAAGGUGCCGCAGGACGGCGACUUUGACUUUUUAAAGAAUCUGGACUUUGAGGAGUUGCAAAUGCGCCUGAGCGCCCUGGAUCCCAUGAUGGAGCGAGAGAUUGAAGAGCUGCGGCAACGCUACACGGCCAAGAGGCAGCCUAUCCUGGAUGCCAUGGAUGCCAAAAAGCGGCGGAAGCAGAACUUUUAAGGGCCUCCUGUCUCUAAAUCUGUGGCGCCUUUUUUGUCCAGUAGUUAAGAGAGAAUUGCAUUUUUUUUUGUUUAUUAUUCACAAUCCUUAUGUAAGAUAAGAACACAUAUGCUUUUCUUGUAUUUAUGCAUUCUAAAUAUUUAAAAAAUGUGAUCAAAAGUUAGCUUAAAAUGAAGCCUAUGAGAGUUGCUCUACUCUGCCUGUAAAGUGCUUUAAAAAACAUCCAAACACUUCCAUUAAAGUUUCAUAUACAUGCUGUAAGCAUAUAUGUAAUGUAGUAACGGCACAAUUAUAAUAACAUUUAAUAUUUAUGUAUUUUGAUCAUUUUAAUUUAAAACACACAUCACGUUAACUUUUUUUCCCCACUACAUCACCAAUUACUGCUCACUGCAGACUUCAUGAGAGCCAACACGCAUAAUAAAACAUCACUUACUGUGCAAUGUCUGCUGUCAUUAGGAUGCCGACUGUUCGAAUCUUGUUAUAUUCCAUUUUUGAUAAAAAAAAUUACUCAAAAUCCCCGCAAAGAAAAGGUGGGUGGAACUAAGCGACUUUUCUUGUCGUUUUCGCCAUGUACAGGUUUAAAUCGGCCUUGAAAGUGUACCAACAUGUCGUAUUACAUCCUCAGCCUUCUACUAUACAGGUGAGGGGCAUGAUUUUCAUAUUCGUUGGCUUUUAUGGGCGAAUUAGAGGACCUCCCAUUGGCUGCGCUGUAAGCUGACUUUGUUUUAUAUUUAUUUAUGAGUUAAAAUGUAUUUAAAAAUUGGCAUUUCAUAAAGAUUGUGAACAAAAGGCAAUUUAAAAAAAAAAGUGCAGUUCCCCUUUGAGUUUUUUUCCAUUUGAAGUUCAUCCAGGAAGGCACUUCGUAUGGAUGACACUCAUACAACCGCUUGAUUGCUUCUAUUCUCAUCCAAGUGUUGUUCCACUAUUUGGCAUUUAGUGGAAAAACGACACAACACAGGUUGUGUAAUAGCUGUAACAAGAGCAACACGUUCAUCCAUGACCAAAGACAAUCAAAAAUAGUAUUGAUGAUGCCUUAAAACAUAUGAUUCCCCACAUGGAGCUGAAAUAAGCAUGUGGACCAUUAGGGCUUCAUUGUUUUUUCCCUUCUCAAAUUGCACACAAAGCUCAAACCUGACCUCUUCGGUUUACGUGCCUCUACCAAUUUCUCGUUUUUAAGCUUCUCCAUCUACAUAAACAAAAUAUGUCACAUUUAACUCCAAUUAAUACCAAAUUUUUAAAACAGGAUGUAACAAUAACAGUUAUGUUGCACCACAGCUGAUUUAAUCUUUUUGAAGGGCACUGUAAUGUGCCGAAUGAGGCAAACUGGACUUGAACGCCACGUGCAGUUGACAUAUUGGACUUGUUUUUCUUUUUUUAUUAAAUGAAGAGACUGUUACACAUGAAUGUUUUUCAACCCGCGGUGUGGAUCAGCACACACUGCAGACAAAGUGGCUUUGAAAAGACCUGUUACAUUAUUUAAUCUUUUUCUGUCACUUGCAUCAGGGCUUACUCACCAUUUUGUGUGUUUUCCGGACCACAUCUAAUUGCCGAUCUUACAGAUUUAGCGGCUGUAAUCUAAGCAUUGGAACUUUUUUAUUUAUUGUUUAAAACAUUUCAGUAACACUGGUUUGCUAUAUAAUCACUGAUUCAUAUUAGUAACCUUUGUUAACUACAUGCGGCUUUGUUGCUUGUGUCUUGUUUGUAUAUCAAAUGACAUUUUCCCUGCAGACUUUUUAAUUUAAAAACUGUACAGUUUGAAACAACAAUUAGCAUUAUUGCAUUUAAAAUUAAAAUUGUAUUUUUCUUUCACCACUAAAUGAGAGAAAGUGGGAAAUUGAAGCAUCAUCUGUCAAAACUAGUUAAUUUAUUACUUUUUUUUUGUAUAAAGUGCAUGAAAUAAUAAAAAAAAACUCUUCGGUAACCUCAAA